GAUUUUGUCGCUGAGCUGCGCUGCUUAAUGGUCGCCAAACGUAGGCAUGGCAUACCGUGUACGCUGACGUGUGUGUGAAGUACUACCGGUAAAAAAAAAUAAAGGAAACAACGGGACAGGCUGAUCUAACUUUUGCAUUAUUUUGUCGUCGAAUUAUCAGAACAAGAUGGCAACCUGUAAUUGCAUACUUUUCAUUGCUAUUGUGGCAAUGUGUAUGUCAACAAUCAAAGCAUAUUUCAUCGCCAUUGAUGCCCACGCCGAAGAAUGUUUCCACGACAGAGUGUCAUCGGGAACGAGAAUGGCUCUCACAUUUGAAGUUGCUGAGGGAGGAUUUCUCGACAUUGAUGUCAAGAUUUCUGGACCAGAUGGCAAAGCUAUUCACACAGGGGAGAGGGAAUCUAACGGUAAAUACACUUUUGCAGCACACAUGGAUGGAGUGUACAGAUACUGCUUUAGCAAUAAGAUGUCCACGAUGACCCCUAAGAUUGUUAUGUUCUCUAUGGACGUAGGGGACCAGCCAAAAGAUCAGGGAAUUGAGACAGAAGAACAUCAAAGCAAACUGGAAGAAAUGGUAAAUGAACUGGCAACAGGUCUAACUGGAGUCAAGCAUGAACUAGAAUAUAUGGAAGUCAGAGAAAGAGUCCAUAGAUCAAUCAACGACAACACAAAUUCCAGAGUAGUAUUAUGGGCUUUCUUUGAGAGCUUGGUGUUGGUUGCCAUGACGCUGGGACAGGUGUAUUACCUCAAGCGAUUCUUCGAAGUCAGAAGAGUGGUGUAAAUAAUAAUUAUGGUGUAGUAUGUAGGCUUCAAUAUCACGGGAGAGUUUCACAAAGCGUCUUAUCUGUGAUUUUCACUGACAAUUUUGCUCUUAGCCAAUCAGAUGGGAGGUUUUCAUAAGCUUCUUAUAGUGGUCAGUGAGAAUCAGGAAUAAGAGGUUUGAUGAGAUUCUUGUCAUGGGAGAUUCUCCCGCAAAGACCAAGAUUGACUGAGAUUGCACUUAUCUGUAUGGCAGGCCAUCCAUCCAUAACACUGUCUGAUUUUUCAGUCGGGCUUUGUCGUUCCUGUAAACCUACUACAGAUAGAAGUUAUCAAUUGAUUCAGAGUCUUGGUCCAGUAUUUGACAUUAUAGGUCAGUUUUCCGAUAUAAAAUAAUCAGAUCCAUACAUGUCUGUAAAAAUAUCAUCACAUACAAAGCAGUCUGAUACUCUUAUAAUGGAUAAUAUAUGCACAUUUGAUCGUCAUCGUACACUAACAGCAUAGACCUAUUUUUAAACAAAUAUCAGAGAUAUAAAAAAUAUUCUGUUUAUUUCUGACCAUGAUCAGAACAUUCCAAGAAAAAUAAUGAUGAUGAUAACCAAUAGUAUUAAUGGCUUUAUUGGCCUCCCAUAGUUAUGUGAAAUUUUGGUAAAUCUUUGUCUUUAUGAAACAUGCUCUCAGGGCCCAUAUUCAUAAAGCCUUACAAGGCCUGGGGUCUGUUUGACAGACAGUGUUAAACAUCUUUUAUACUCCCAGCUGCAUGCUCUACAUAACAUAUGACCUCAUUGGUCUGUUCUGUGUAGUCAAUGUGCUAUGGCAAAUUGCUGUAGACAGAUUGGGGUAUUUAAAUCAUUCCUGGCAAGGACUGCUAUUUGCUCUACCUUUCAAAAUACUUAAGAAUCCAAAACUGAGUUUAUUUUAUGAAUAUGGGCCUAGAACUGUAUGUUAAAGAUACUUUAGAAUUAAAGGUCAUUUUGAAAUCUAGCCAAUAAUAUGAUAUGUUUCUUGCUCAGUAUUGCCUCAACUUCAUGACUUUGUAUUGAUUAUUGGGUUGUUUUUUCUGCUUGAUAACCAUAUUACCAGUCCAGAAUCCCUUGUUGCUAUAAAAUGAGAAAAAAUUGUGCCUGUAAUUUCAAAUCUACCUAUAAUAAAUCUUUUUGUUAGGACCAUACUUGAUGUGCUUAAAAAAUUGACCAGUGUAUUUUCUAUUGUUGCAAUAAUAAACUUUUGAAUCCAGUAAUUAAUAUGUAAUUAAUAUUGACUUUAACAUAACUUUUGCUUUUUUCUUUAUUUGAAAAUACAAAUAUUCAAACAUAAAAAUUAAAAAAUAUUUGUCACUGCUAAAGUUUAGUAUGAAUGUUGUUUAAAUUGUAGAAUGAAUACGAAAAGUGACACUUAAAAAGAAUGCAACAGUUUCUUAUUGGAGAAUGAAACCCUUGAAACCAGCUGAAUCCAUAUCAAAGAGAAAAAUCAAAGAAACAUAUUGUUGAAAGUUUGAGGAAGAUUGAAUGAAUAAUAAGAAAGUUAUGAGCAUUUGAAUAUUGAGAUCACUAAUGCCAUGUAGUUCCUCCCAUUGGCAAUGCGACCAAGAUCUGUGAUCUCACACACGUACAACUCCCUCAUUACUUUAGUACUUAUUUCACUUAUAUUCUCACUUUUAUAGAGUCUAUCACAAGGUGAGGUGUUCUCUUUAUGAGAUGACAAGUAAAGAGGUUUCACAACAUUAUAUCAUUGAUGAAUCGUUUGUCAUAUGAUUAGAAUGAGCAAAAAGAGAUGUUUUGGGGUAUAUUUUCAGUGUCCAAAAGGGGAGAGUUGUUCAUCUGUGACAUCAUAGAUCUUGGUCGCAUUGCCAAUGGGAGGAUCUCCAUAGCAUUAGUGAUCUCGACAUUCAAAUGCUCAUAACUCUUCUAUUGCUAGUCCUAUUUUACUCAAACUUUUGUUGAUCUUAUUCUUUGAUUUUUCUGCUUUCACAAAAGCUAACUUGCUCCAAGAGUUUCAUUCUCCUUUAACCCAUUAAUAUCAAAUUUUCCAUUCAAAUACAUAUGAUAUAGAAAAGACAUACCAUAUUUUUUGGAAUAUCAACCGUGGCCGUGUAUUAACCGCACCCCAAAUCGGGAGGCUAAAAAAAAAAUUGGCAAACCGAAUGUGUUGACAUUUUGGGAUAGUCAGUUUCAUUCAUAAUUUUAAAAGAUCAGAUAUAUUACUAAUUUUUGUAUUUAAAAAAUGGUUGCUUCAUUCUUUAAUAUUAUUUUUCAAAGAAUAUAAAUUAUUUCUUUGUAUAAUAAAGAAAAAAAGGCCAUGAAAUGGCAGUAUUGUAUAUCAAACUUAUAGUCUAAAAAGAAAAAAAAUGUUGAGAAACUGAGGGGGAAAAUGAAGAAUGGAGGACAUUAUUUAUUGCCUUUUUUCUAACCGAUUAUGAUUACAUGCCUAUUGUAGAGCAUUUUCCAUGCAUUUUUUAGGUGUAAAAAAAGUUUUCAUUACAAGACAACCAGGGAUAUUUUAAGGAAAAGGAGUUCAUAAAAUGGCAUUUUUGAAUUUUUUAUCAAAAUUAUGGUAUAAAAAGGGAAAGUUAUUUUUUUUCAUAUUGAGAGAAAAAGGAGAGAAAUAAAGAAUAAAGAACAACAUUUAUUGCCUUUUUAAAUAACCGAUUAUGAUUACAUGCUUAUUGAAGAGCAUUUUCCAUGCAUUUUUAGCUGAAAAAAAGUUUUCAUCACAAAACAAAUUGAUAGUAAUUAAAUGAAUAAUAUAAAACAACCUUUACAAAGAAGAUUUUUCAAAGAAAACUUCACAAAAUAUAUUUUAAGUAACCAACAAAUAAUUAUACAUUAAAUAUUCUAUAUAAUUCUUGGUUGGUUGACCACUCUAAUUACUGAAGAAACAUAGUCAGCUUCCUGAUGAGAAUUUGUUUCUUUGGAUUCGAUUAACUGCACCCAAUUUUUUCAAGAUUAAAAAGCGGGAAAAAAGGUGCGGUUUAUACACUGGAAAAUACGGUAUUUUGGAUAAGCUAGAUGUUGAUAUAAGCAGAAAAUUUCAAAUUAAUCACAAUCAUGAUAUUUUAGAUUUAUACUUUUAAAUCCUAAAAUUGUCAAUUCAUUUUGUUAUUAAAGUGUUUUUCAAAUGAUAAACUUGGAGAAAAAAAACUUGAUUUUGUGAACUGUCGUGAGUACAGAAAGGGUGUAGCGCAUUUUAAAUAAGAAAAAUUUGUAUUUAUUAAUAUAGGAUUGCAUCUUCAUUUCUUAUUUGUGGUUUGUCAAUUUAGAUGUACAUGUAGAUAGUAUUUGAAUUAAUAAGUAUAAAAUUGGUCAUCAAUUCAUUCGUAGCAAAGAAGUAUAUGUAGACUGCAUGAAUCGUUUAGGUACGUAAGGUCUGUCAUGGUCCGAUGGUUUAUUUCUAGGAUCCAUAUUUUCUUUUAGAUAUAUUUUUGUUUUCAGUACUUUUCUCUAUCUUUCCUUGAAUUAUUCAUUUCAUCAUGUUUGAGAUAUAAUGUGUCUUUAUAAUUCUUCUGUCAGUGAGGUUGAGUUUUAUUGAUUCAUGACUCUGUCUGAGGGUAGAUUUCAUGUUAGAAAUUUCCCAUGUGAAUGGCCUUGACAGUUGUGAUUUGUUUGGCAGCUAUUUACCUGAAUUUGUAACAUUUAUUUUCCUUAUGAAUUUUGUAGAUUACAUGGUAACAAUCACACUGGAUGACAAAUUGUUUUGCAAUUAUGAUCAUAAUACAUAAUCAGAUAUUCCAUCAUUAGUGUAAGAAAAUUAC